AUGACAGUCGACCAGUUGAUACAGGCGUUGGAUCAAGUCAGUGAACAGUUAUGGGAGACUAGCCUUGACGACCCCACCUUUGAAAUCUUGAAAGCUAGGUGUUCGCGACUAUCGGCACAGGUUGCUGUUCACCAUGCGCUACAGAAAACAGGGCGUCUCAUACUGAAGUCUGCACUAAAGGACCCUCUUCCCAAUGCACAAAGCCGAAUUUGCAAGUUCUUCGAUGCUUUGUACAGCGGAGAGAAGACUAACUCCACGUCGGAGUCACGAUGGCAGCAAUUACGGGAUUUAGACUGCAAGACAUUUUUGUUCAUCGCUGUGUCCUAUACUCCUCUGGACAUCACCAAAAUGAACCGUACUGAAUUUGAGUACCUGGUGCGGAAUGCAACUAAAUACUUAGAAAAACUGUCUCUUCCGCUAGACUGGAUCUUUCGUAAGGAAAUACAGUUAGCGAUCGUUGAGAAAUCAGACCUCCCAGAUAUCCGACUGUUCAAGAAACGCUACCACGAUCUCGAAUUCAGUGUGGAUAAUUCGCACGACACACAGCCCGAGAAGCGAUUUCGCCAAGAACAACAGAAUGUUCAAAGGAGGACAGACCAAGAGGCUUUCUCCACGCAGCAGCCAGAGCAUGUUCUGGUACCUAGAGAGCCUCGGUCGGAGGCAAGGAUUAGGCUUACUGAGGGGCCUGAAGAGAAUCCAGUCCAAUCCCAGAACGAGUCUAGUGUGGCAGGGUCCUUCUCGUACAUACCUCUUACGGAAGCAGGCGCCGAGGUCAUUCUUCAAUCCGUCCGAGAAGGAAAUGGUUAUCAGUUCAAUAUAGUCCUGCCCAAACCCAAUGUGCCACAACCGCAGCCGCUGAUGCUUAUACCGCUUCAAAUAUGCGCAGACAUUAUAAAGAAAUACACAAGCUAA